AUGAGCGUCGUGACGCUGGAAGAGUUCCUCGAGCUCUUAAAUGAGGAGCAGUAUCUCGAUCUAAACAAGCUGCGUAAUUAUGCUCGGCAUGGAAUCCAGCCGCAAGUGCGGGGCGAGGUGUGGCUUUACCUGCUAGGCGUGCUUGCUGCGAACAAGAGUCAGGAGAUGACAACUGUGCGAAGUAAGUUUUUGGAGUACGAGAGUUUUAGCAAGCGGAUCCCCUCGGUCGAAAAGUUGAUCCGCACCGAAGUGCUGCGCUACUUUCGCCAGCGCUUCCACGUACACAAAGGCAGCCCCGAGCGCUUCGGCCUCUCUGUCAUUCGCGGCCCCCGGUCGGAGCGGGGGAGCUAUGGAGCGCCAAAGAGCGAAGCUGCCGUGCUUGAUUGUUUGUCCUACCCGCGGAUUCUGCCCUCGACGCAGUACGGACUGCUGAUCAUGCGCUCGAAUCCACCCCUGGACGAUACGCAGGCGGUGCACGCACAGCGGCGACUCUCGCAAAUUGUAGAGAAUGUGCUGUGUGCGUAUUUGAAUGGGCAGAUCGGCGUGCAAAUACGCGAAGAAGAGCAUACACUACCCGAGACCAAGCACGACGAAGACUAUGCGUCCCUGCAGCACCAGAUCGAGUCACGCAUGCCGCACGCCUACCAGUGGGCACCGCAAGCGAGCGUCGUGCCUGGAACAAGCAUUGUAGACUUUCACCCCUCGCUCGUGUACCUUUGUGUCCCCUUUGCAAUGUGUGUGCGCGCAGAGGCCGGAAUUUACUUUGCAUUUGCUCGACUUAUGACCAUGAUCGAGGAUUACAAUCGGGUGCAUCCACUGCCGCACCGUGUGGCUUCAUUUCUCACUCUUUUUCGCACGACGCUCCCCGAGCUGCACACUUACUUUGAGGCCGAGGAAGUCGACCUGGUCGCUGUGGCCACCAGCUGGCUCCAGCACCUUCUUGCCCGCGAGAUGCAAAUGGACGAUUUGAUGCGACUAUGGGAUACCUACUUUGCCGUGCCCGACUUGCUCGAUCUGCACCUCUACGUGUGCCUUGCGAUCUUAACGAAUUGCAAGGAUGCACUCGAGGAUUUGGACCGAUCAGAGACGACGAGUAUGCUUUUCUCACUACCGCCACUCGAUGUCGACCGCAUCAUUAGCGACGCGACCAACAUCCGCCUGUCCUUAGAAAACGACCAAUUGUACGAGUAA